AUGGGACGCUGGUAUCAAGUGGCAGGCACCGAGUUCCCGUACACGGCGGGACAGAAGUGUGUCGCGGCCUUCUACACCCUCAAUGACGACGGCACCGUCGGCGUGAACAACACGUCGGAGCGCCCCGACGGGUCCUUCAACCAGGCUGUCGGCAAAGCCUCGCCCGUGCCCGCCACUUAUGGCGCAAGUGGCGUUUACACCGUCGAGUUCGAAGGCGUGCCCGGCGCACGGGGGAAUCCCUGCCCCGGACCCAACUAUGUCGUGCAGGACUACACGGGCGAUUGGGCCGUCGUGCAGAGCCAGAACUUCUCCACUUUGUUCUUGCUCAGCAGGGUGCAGGAGCCCGGGGACGAGAAGGUCGAUGCGUGGAUUAAGCGCGCUGGGUUGUUGGGUACGGAUCUGAGCAAUGUGAAGAAGACGGAUCAGAGUAAUUGCAAGUACCUUGAGUAG